CAAUUAGUGCUCUCCUAAAACUGACGAGUGCUGGCGGUGUGCUGAUCCAUCGUCGUCCAUCAGUGCCAGACUUAGCUCAAUCAUUAAACGCUACUAUUGCAUCACGACGACUACUCUGAAAAAACUGACAAAGUGCUGUUAAUACUACUACUGCUGCAAAGGAGGGUUAAUUUGAUCUAAGAGCAGCAGCAGGAGGAAGAGGACGCAUCUCAAGGGGCAUGGCCUGCUUCCGCUCUGUCUUCAGCACCAGGUUCCCUCAAUCUCAUCGUUUAUUUCUACAUUUGGCUUCUCCUCUGCCUCGGGCGCCUGCGCAUACAACAGCCGCCGCCACACCCCAACCUCUCUUCUUCAUUCGCCAGAUAAAUAUGCAAGCACAAAACGUUGCUGCUCGUCUUAGCAGCUCCGGGUUUCUUCACGCUCAGGGCCUUGUUGGGGGCAAGUGGACAGAUGCUUAUGACGGCAAGACUAUUGAGGUACGCAACCCUGCUACUGGAGAAGUUAUUGCAAACGUUCCAUGUAUGGGUAGGAACGAGACGAAUGAUGCAAUCACUUCAGCAUAUGACGCAUUCAACUCUUGGAAGAAACUUACUGCUGCUGAUAGGAGCAAGCGAUUAAGGAAAUGGUAUGACUUGUUAAUGGCCCACAAGGAGGAGCUCGGUCAACUUAUAACACUGGAGCAGGGAAAACCUCUAAAGGAGGCAAUUGGUGAGGUGGGUUAUGGGGCGGGUUUCAUUGAAUUCUCUGCAGAAGAAGCUAAACGUGUGUAUGGUGAUAUCAUUCCCUCUCCAUUACCGGAUCGCCGGUUGUUUGUUUUAAAGCAGCCUGUAGGUGUUGUCGGUGCCAUUACACCCUGGAAUUUCCCCUUGGCCAUGAUCACUAGAAAAGUUGGUCCUGCCCUUGCCUGUGGCUGCACAGUGGUUAUCAAGCCUUCUGAACUCACACCUUUGACUGCUUUAGCGGCAGCUGAACUCUCCCUUCAAGCUGGAAUACCCCCGGGUGUGGUGAAUGUUGUUAUGGGAAAUGCUUCUGAGAUUGGAGAAGCUUUACUUUCCAGUCCCAAGGUGAGGAAGAUCACCUUCACGGGGUCAACUGCUGUUGGAAAGAAAUUGAUGGCAGGUUCUGCUGGGACUGUGAAAAAGGUAUCCCUUGAACUUGGAGGCAAUGCACCUUGCAUAGUCUUUGAUGAUGCAGAUCUUGAGGUGGCUCUUAAAGGGACUUUGGCGACUAAAUUCCGCAAUAGUGGGCAGACAUGUGUUUGUGCAAAUAGAAUACUUGUGCAGGAAGGAAUCUAUGACAAGUUUGCUGAUGCACUUUCCACUGCUGUCCAAAACAUGAAAGUUGGAAAUGGUUUUGGUGAAGAUGUGGUGCAGGGUCCUCUAAUCAACGAAGCGGCGGUACAGAAGGUGGAAUCACUAAUUAAAGACGCUAUCUCAAAGGGAGCAAAAGUUAUUCUAGGAGGCAAAAGACACAGUCUUGGGAUGACUUUUUAUGAACCUACAGUGAUCAGUGAUGUCAAAAAUGAGAUGCUUAUAUCAAGGGAGGAAGUGUUUGGACCUGUUGCCCCACUUUUGAAGUUUAAAACUGAGGAGGAAGCUAUCCACAUGGCAAAUGAUACCAAUGCAGGUUUGGCUGCCUACUUAUUCACCACAAACGUUCAACGGUCUUGGCGGGUCUCUGAAGCUCUUGAGUAUGGUAUAGUCGGAGUUAAUGAAGGGAUUAUUUCAACUGAGGUGGCACCAUUUGGAGGUGUAAAACAGUCGGGCGUUGGCCGAGAAGGUUCGAAGUAUGGAAUGGAUGAAUAUUUGGAGAUCAAAUAUGUAUGUUUGGGAAAUUUAAGCUGAGUCGAAACUGAGGUGGCUUGCAAAUGUUUUGAAGCAGUUCCUGUAAAGUCGGCACGCUCUGUUGCACACCCCAUGUUUGAAGUUGGCUCAGAGCUCUGUUGUGCACCCUAUGUUUGAAAUACACCCUCUGUUGCCUAUGUAGUAUGUUCUACAACCUGGAGGCAAUUUUUUUUUGUUCCUGCUGUUUUAUUCUUGUAAACACCCUAGGCCUUUUUUUUUUUUGGAGUAAUUCACACAAAGAACGGGAUAAUAAGUUUAUUUUACUUACCUAAAGCUUUUGAGUUACGUCUAUCUCUGAAAAAAGAGCAAGGGAAACGAGAAAGUUCGUAGGAAAGAAA